GUGGCAGCGCGAGCUAGCGAAACGCUGCCCCACUGGUCGCGAAACGCUGUCCCACUGGUCACGAAGAUGCCGUCAAUCUCCGACAUUGCGCUGGGCCUUUACGCCGUCGUCGCCACGGGACUAACGGUGCUGGUGAUGGCGUUCCUCGACGCGUGCAAUCUUGUGGCCGUGCCACCGGUCGGGGAACACGGUGGAAUCUCGAAGGACGAGUGUUAUGCGAUGAGCGCUGCCAUGAUGAAGGCGGCGCCGCGCGGCCGCGAGACGGCCGGCGAGAUCCUAGUCAUGUUCUUUCACGUCAUCGUGCGCAUCGAACAGAACUUCUUCCUCGCCUCCGCCGUCGCGGCGUGGUUCGCCCUCUUCAAGUGCUCGCCGUCACAGCGCAAGCCCUUCCACCUUUUCCUCGCCAUGCUCAGCGUCUGCUGCGUCUCGUCUGACGCGACGUUCGCGGGCCUUCCCGGCCUCGGCUCGACGUCCCUCGAGCUCUCCGACGCCGCCAAGGCCUCGGUGGUUCUUCCGUUCAUCCCGGUGUGGACCAUCCUGGGCAUGCUCAACGGCCUCGCCUUCCUCGGCGCGAAGGAGAAGUCGGCUUAGUUUUCUCACCCGUGGCGCGUUCUCCGCAUUUACCAUCUCCACACACUUAAUAAGU